ACUAUCGCUUUACAACAAAAACGAAUAACACAAGAACAAAUUUAAUCCAAAAGCCAGUUAAAAGUGCUCCAUCACGUCGCUCACAAAGUUAUUCGGUCGCCUAAUUAGACGCACAUACGCGGUCGGUGUUAAUAAAGCGGAUACAAGUAAAAUUAUGGUCGUCACACACAACGUAAAGGGCUGGGAGGAGUUCGCCAAGAAGAUGGAGGAGCUGGAGACCGGCAACAAUGCGGUUCAUGUGUUGUUCAGCGGAGGCAAGGAUGAAAACGGCGAAAGCUGGUGCCCAUACUGUGUCAAGGCUGAGCCGGUGAUACACGAUGCUUUGAAGAAGGCCCCCGACAAUUCGCACUUUGUGCAUGUGGAUGUGGGCGAGCGCGCCUACUGGAAGGAUUUGAACUGUCCCUUCCGCAAGGAUCCCAAUACACAUUUGAUUUUCUUGCCCACGUUGCUGCGCUGGAAGCAGCCACAGCGCCUGGAUGGCGAGCGCUGCUCCAACAAGGAUCUCGUCGAGAUGAUGUUCGAAGAUGAGGAUUAGUUGCUGUCUUUUACUUAAAUAACUUUAUUGAGCACUAAUUAAAGGCUCCUCCCCCUUACUCUCCCUCAGUAA